CCCUUUGGUAUGCUCCUGCUCCAUCUGUGAAGAGAACAGAGAGAAUGUGAGUGUUCUCCCUCUCUUUCUUUACCCGUUCCAAUGUCUCGCUUCCAGGAUACCCUCCUCGACUUGCGCCUGGAUGGCCGCAACAUCGUGCUUGACUCAUUGUAUCCUGACAUCGCACCUCAUAUAGUCAUAACUCCCCCUGUCUCUUACCCAGACGAUUUUUAUACACCGCACCAGAACCGGGUUGAUCCUCAGUGGCCAUGUUUUCUCAACGUGCCCCGUUUAUCCCCUAGCAUGUACUACCAUCACCGUCCACCACCAUCAUCCCACGAUGAAUCAGUUGGCUGCAAUUCGAAAGAAUUUCAUUCACAGUCCGUAGUCCCAUCAGAUGACCUUGGUGUUAUUCGGCCGAGAUCUCCCCCUCGCGUGUUCAGUCACAAGAAACUUCAUCUCGCUGUCGAAGCUUCUUCAAUUGAAAGGCUUGUAUUCCGCAAAAUAGUGGACGGAAUAUUCCGACACCGCCGUAAAGCUGUGGCAUUCGAAGCAUCCCUCUCGGCGUCCGCGGUUUGCACGCGAUUCAAUGAAUCAAUGGCUGCAUCACAGUUGGAACGGCCCUUCGUGUGGACAGAUCCUGCUCAGCCUAUCCUACUUGCCUCCAGAAUUUUCCCAGGCGUUUCAAUCAUAGAGUCCGACUGUGCCUUUAGAGCACCUCAUAUCAUCAUCAUUGCGGCGGAGCCGCAUGACCCGUGGAUCUCCUGGGGCAACAGGGUCGAAGAUCAAAAUUACGAGUACCUCACGGUAUAUCCCAAGAGCAGUUCGACACCUCCGAUCAAUCCCAUUUCCCUCGCCACCGACUCCGUUCCUGGUCCGCACCGUCAAGGCGACCCUGAUAACGCCGCCUUCAUUCAGCCCCACUCUGACCACUCGCGGGAGUGUCAUCUGACUAGUAUACCUCCGUCCUUUCACGAAUCUGGGUGUUUUCUCACACCACAGGAGAAGGGGCGUACGACUUGUACUUGUACCGAUCACCCGCAUUUUACCCCAGACGUCAAGGAGUUUACGGAUUCAAAUAUCGAUCUUUCUAUUAUUCGGUGUGAGACGCCCACGCCGGAUUCCGACGACGAAGACGAUCUUCCCCCGUUCGAUGAUUGGUACCUGUCUGUUAUCGAGCGUUCCAAAUCUGUUGGCGCUUAGCGUGAAACGGUUUCUUUCCGUUCAUCGUUAUAUACCUCCCGACAUAUGUUGGUACCUGCCCCACACAUAGUAACGUCACAUACCCGCAGAACUUCUUUGUAUUUUUACACUCUCUCAUCAU